AUUCCUGAAAGUCUCGCUCCUACACCGCACGUUACAGACAUCGAUGCGCACGCAGUGUCAGCAUCCUCGGCAAACUUCGACAGCUGGUUGAACCGGCUCACUCGGUUCUUUUGAGUUGUGCGUGCUGCGUCAUCGACCCAGAACUAAAGUUCGAUUCAGUUCGACUUUGUGAACCGGCUCGACCGGUUACUUCUUGAGAACCGGCUCAAAAGAACGAUUCGUUCAAGAACCGGACAUGUGUGAAUGGGGCGUUACUGGGAUUGGGAAACACUGGGCAUUUAAAAAAAAAAAAAAACAACUCUCUCGUCACAAAUGAAAAGUGAAAGCAAGUUAGAGUUCUCCUGUCGCCAUUUUAAGCCAGCAAAAUACAACUACGACACGGAAAAACCGAGCAUCAAAGUGUUUAAUAGAAGCGUCAGGGAUUUCUGUUAUGGUGUUAAAGCUGGAGGAUUUGAGAAUAGUGUAAAAGUUUGGUCAAGAGUCAGUAGAUGAGAUCAAACUCCUCAGAUUCACCUGCAGCUUCAUCAUCAUGAGUGAUUCACAAGGAUCAAGAGAUGGAGAUUUGUCUCCAGAAUGCAGCUCAAACCCAGAGCCUAGCUGUGUGUCUGUCAAGAGUAGCCACUCUAUGGAUGUGCCAAUAUAUUUGAAGACUGAAGACACACAGCCUGAUCUCAGUCUGUUCUGUUACAGUCCAGUCCAGAAGAAGAGAUUAAAGACAGAGUCCAGCUGUGUGUCUAUGAAGAGUAACCAAUCUAUGGUUCAGCAAGGAAAUUUGAAAAGUGCAGACAAACAGCCUGAUCUCAGUCCAGCGCCUGUCACUCAACCACAAGACUUCAAAAGCAUGUAUCCUGGUUUCAGCCAUGACUCUAAACUUUCUGAAGGCCUCAACACAUUAAGAUUAAAUCUGCUGAAGAAGUUUGGUCAUCUGUAUGAGGGAACAGCGACGCAGGGAAACCCAACACUCCUGAAUGAGAUCUACACAGAGCUCUACAUCACAGAGAGUGAGAGUGGAGAGAUCAGUAAUGAGCAUGAGGUGAGACAGAUUGAGACACAAUCCAGGAGAGCAGCAACAGAGGACACCGCCAUCAAAUGUAAGGACAUCUUUAGACCUUUACCUGGACAAGACAAAGCCAUCAGAACUGUGCUGACAAAGGGAGUCGCUGGCAUUGGAAAAACAGUCUCUGUGCAGAAGUUCAUCCUGGACUGGGCCGAAGGGAAAGAGAAUCAGGACAUCCAGCUCAUAUUUCCACUUCCUUUCAGAGAAAUCAACCUGAUGAAGGACAAAACACUCAGUCUUUCAGAUCUUCUUCAUGUGUUUUUCCCUGAAACUAAAGAAAUGGAAAUAUCCAGUGAUGAAUAUAAAGUGUUGUUCAUCUUUGAUGGUCUGGAUGAGUGUCGUCUGUCUCUGGACUUUCAGAGCACUGUGAGGUUGUGUAAUAUAUCUGAAUCAGCCUCAGUGGGCGUGCUGCUGAUGAACCUGAUUGUGGGGAAUCUGCUUCCCUCUGCUCUCAUCUGGAUCACCUCCAGACCAGCAGCAGCUGAUCUCGUCCCCUCUAAGUGUGUCCAUCGAGUGACAGAGGUACGAGGCUUCAAUGAGCCACAGAAGGAGGAAUACUUCAGGAAGAGAAUCAGUGAUCAGAGUCUGGCCGACAGGAUCAUCUCACACCUGAAGUCAUCAAGGAGCCUCUACAUCAUGUGCCACAUCCCUGUGUUCUGCUGGAUCUCAGCCGCUGUUCUGGAGAAGAUGGUGAGUCGAGCAGAGAGCGGAGAGAUUCCCAAGACUCUCACUCAAAUGUACACACACUUCCUGAUCCUUCAGACCAACAUCAAACGUGAGAAGGACUAUGAGAAGAAGCUGACAGAUGAAGACAUGAUCCUCAAACUGGGGAAAGUGGCUUUUGAGCAGCUUGUGAAAGGAAACCUGAUCUUCUAUGAGGAAGACCUGAGAGAGUGUGGCAUUGAUGUGGCAGAAGCAUCAGUGUACUCAGGAUUGUGCUCUCAGAUCUUCAGAGAGGAGUUGUGCUUGUAUCAGGGGAAAGUCUUCUGCUUUGUUCAUCUGAGCGUUCAGGAACAUCUAGCAGCUCUAUAUGCGCACCUCUCCUUUACAAACAAUAACAUCAGUGUGUUUGACCAGAUUACCAAACAAACUAACAUUUCUGAUCUCCAUCAGAGAGCUGUGGAUGAGGCUUUAGGCAGUAAAAAUGGGCAUCUGGACCUUUUCCUUCGUUUCCUUCUGGGUCUCUCAGUGGAGUCUAAUCAGAGUCUCUUACACAAAGUAAUGACACCUACAGGAAACCGCUCUCACAACAAUGAGAAAACAGUUCACUAUAUUAAAGAAAAGAUCAGUAAGAAUCCCUCUCCAGAUAAAUACAUCAAUCUGUUUCACUGCCUGAAUGAGCUGGGUGAUCUUUCACUAAUGAACGAAGCUGAACCUCGUAUGAGUCGUGGAGGAUUACGUCAUGUGAAACUCUCCUCAUCUCAGUGGUCAGCUUUAGUUUUUGUGUUGUUGACCUCAGAGCAGACAAUGCAGGAGUUUAAGCUGAGGAGCUUAAUUGGAGCAGAACAUGAUAGUGAUGCAUUUGUCUCCCAGAAAGCACAAAAUACAGCAGAUGAAGUUCUUCAGAAACUGCUGCCUGUGGUUACAGCAACUAGAUCAGUUGAGUUGAGUAGUUGUGGUAUCACAGAUGGAGGUUGUGCUGCUCUGGCUUCAGCUCUGAGAUCAAACCCCUCAUACCUGAGAAUACUGGAUCUGUCUGAGAAUAAAAUUGGAGACUCAGGACUGAAGCUGUUCUCUGCUGUACUGGAGAAUCCUCAAAGUAAACUGGAGAAUUUGAGGUUGUGGAAGUGUGGUGUCAGAGAUGAAGGUUGUGCUACUCUGGCUUCAGCUCUGAGAUCAAACCCCUCACACCUGAGAAUACUGGAUUUGUCUGAAAAUAACCUAGGAGACUCAGGAGUGAAGCCGUUCUCUGAUGCACUGGAAGAUCCUAACUGUAAACUGGAGAAUUUGAGGUUGAGUAAUUGUGGUGUAAGAGAUGGAGGUUGUGCUGCUCUGGCUUCAGCUCUGAGAUCCAACCCCUCACACCUGAGAAUACUGGAUCUUUCUGUGAAUGAGCUUGGAGAUUCAGGAGUGAAGGUGCUCUCUGGUGUACUGGAGAAUCCUCACUGUAAACUGGAGAAUUUGAGGUUGAGUAAGUGUGGUAUCACAGAUGAAGGUUGUGCUGCUCUGGCUUCAGCUCUGAGAUCAAACCCCUCGCACCUGAGAAAACUGGAUCUAAAUGGGAAUAAACUCGGAGACUCAAAAGUGAAGCUGCUCUUUGCUGUACUAGAAAAUCCUCAUUGUAACCUGGAGGGACUGUGGUUGUUGGAUUGUGGUGUAGCAGAUGAAAGUUGUGCUGCUCUGGCUUCAGCUCUGAGAUCAAACCCCUCACACCUGAUAAAACUACAUCUGUCAUAUAAUCAGCUUGGAGAUACAGGAUUAAAGCUGCUCUCUGCUGGACUGGAGAAUCCUCACUGUAAACUGGAGGAAUUGAGGCUGUAUGACUGUGGCAUCACAGAUGAAGGUUGUGCUGCUUUGGCUUCAGCUCUGAGAUCAAACCCCUCACACUUGAGAUUCCUGAAUCUGUCUGGGAAUAAACUAAGAGACUCAGGAGUGAAGCUGCUCUCUGCUAUGAAGGAUGAUCCCAAUUACAAACUGGAGACAUUAUGGACUUAUAUUAGAUGACAGUCUUAUCUUCUCAUGAUCAUCUGAUGGUGAAUAUGGAUCCACUACAGAGACUGAAGAUGCAGUGACUUCAUUGUUAUAAUUUAAGAAUUAAUUUAGAUUUCAGUGAUCCUCUGAAACGCCUUUUAUUUUCGGAGCAGCAAAUUACAGUUUUUCAUUCAUAGAUUAACCAUUUUAUUUGUAUAAAUGUACAGUAUAAAUAAAAAAAUGUAGGGAUUGUGGAAUAUUUUUAUUAAUCUUGAUUCAAUAUGAUACAUAGACACUCAUGUCACCACCACAUGGACUUUUGUUUGUUUUUCAUUCCUCUUGUGUUCCUUGACCUAGUUUUCCCUCAUGUCUGAUUAUGUCAUUUGGUUCACCUGUGUCUUGUUAAUUAUAAUAGUUUGCUGGUGUACUUAAGUUCCUGUUUGUUCAGUUUAGUUUUGUCAGAUAUUGUUAAAGUCAACAUGUGUCAUUUACUUUCCUCCAUGUGGAUAUUCCUGGUGGGUAGAUUAGUUAAAGACUGUUUUUCAUCAUCUUCAUUUUCUUGCGUGUUCAUUCGACACCAUUACGUAGUGAUGGAAAAAUGAAGCUUUGUGAAGCACAGAGGCAUCCCCUCAACUGUAUCUUAAAAAGGUUCAUUACUCGAAGCUUUUCAAGACAAUGCACACUAACGACAUCUUGUGAUCAAAAGGUGGAAAAAGCUGCCUUUACGUCCCAGACGAGCCAGCCAUUUUUGUAUUGUUUCAGAUAAUAAAUCAGUUUGUGCUAUGAAAAUAAAGCAAAGAAAGUAUUCACUCUAUAUAAAUAAGUCUUUUACAUGCCAGUCAUUGUUUUACACAAUAUAUUAAUAAAUGAGUCUGUGAAUAAAUUUGUGGGAAAAAAGAGUGUUGAGAGUGAAUUGGUGGGUUUUUGUUAAAUGUGAGCCUAAAUCAUCACAAUUAAAAGAACCAAAGAUUUAAACUA